AUGCGUCUGUCAUCUCUUGCCUACGCGGCUCUACUCGGGGCUCGUCUCGUUGCCUCGGCGGCCCUUUCAAAACAUGAGAACUCUUUCGAGCUUGUCGACGGUCCAUUCUUCACAUUUCACUACAGAACCGAUCGACCUUCAGAGAACAACUGGAUUGGAAUAUACAGUAUAUAUGGAGAAGGCCCUGGCAAGGAAGAGCCGCUAUAUUGGGACUGGAUGCGGGAGUCAGAGGAGACCAAACGCGUCGACGACGCACACCUGAACUGGGGCGCCUACAAGGCAUACUUCCUUGUCGGCGAUGACUAUAAAGUCCUUGCCGGUCCGAUUGAUAUCUUCCUUUCUGGCAAGGGCCCGAUAUCUUUUAAUGUGAAAGAGUUCACCACUAAAAAUGCUCGGGAGGGCGAGAAUUUCGAGGCCCGUGUGAGUGGUCUUUUACAUCAUGCACCCGAUCCCAACACCAAAUUCAGCAAGGAAAGCUCUUCGUCCAGUUGGAUCAGUGUAUCCGAAGAUGGUGUCAUCUCCGGAGUCCCCAGGGAAAGCGGCAACUUCGUUGUCACUGUGAAAGCUACUGCUUCCGAUAAAUCCACUGCCACUGUCGACGUUACUGUUCCGGUAGUCGCGUCAGGAAAGCCACUUGUCACCGAGCUGAGGGUCAUGUCUUUGAACCUCUGGUUUGGAGGCACCCAAGUCAGCGACUACAACCGCAAGCAGAUCUCGGCCAUCGCCAAUUCAAAUGCAGAUGUUGUCGGUCUUCAGGAAAGCACACACGGACAUGCAACUCAGAUCGCAGAUGCACUUGGUUGGCAGUCAUGGCAGGGCAAGGACUCCAGUAUCAUAAGCCGCUACCCCAUAGCCGAGAAGUACGGCGCAGUCACUGAGAUCAGUGGUGCGGUAAGGAUUGCCCUCGACGGUGAUGACAGCCAAGUUAUUAUCCACAACUGCCAUCCUUACGCCUAUCCUUACGGACCUUACGAUCCUUGCUUCGACAACAAAGGCACCGAUACGAUGAUGGAUACCGAGGAAAGGGGCAGUCGCAUUCGUCAGAUCAAAGCCAUUAUGGACACCAUGGCGGACGCCCUCGAUAACGCCGACAAUGUUCCUGUGCUUCUCACCGGCGACUUCAACGCACCUUCUCAUCUUGACUGGACUGAAGAGACUAAAUCCUCUCACUGUGGCAUCGGACAAUUCGACUGGCCUACUUCAAAGGUCCCUAUUGAUGCUGGCCUGAUUGAUGCAUAUCGUGAACUUCACCCGGACCCGGCCACUGACCCAGCCAACACUUGGUCGCCCGUGUAUCUUAUCAAUGACGACUACGACGGCCGCAAAGAGCCUAUGGAUCGCCUCGAUUUUGUCUACUAUAAGGGCAACCUGACAACUGAGAAGUCAGAGGUUUACAUGGUCGGUGACCCCAAGCCCGAGCCGGAUCACUUCGACAACGAAUGGCCCACCGACCACAAGGGUGUCCUCGUUACGUUUAAAAUAGGAAACUAG